GGUGUUUGCUGGUAGUGGCUUGGAAAACUAAAACCGAUUGCAGCGGAUAGCGACAUCAGCCCAGUUGGAUGGGAAAUGCAGAGCGGCGUGCGAAGCAUAAGUUCGCUGACUUAUCCACUUGAGUGUGAAGAAAAUAAAGAAAAAAAAUCGUUCGGUUGAGUGAUGCACUGCCACUAUUUACGUGUUACAUUUCAGAGCUUGUUCACAAAAGUAAUACCCAUGAGAAAGUGAACUUUGUUUGCAUUUUUGACAGGGAAGAAAACCAGAAGGGAAGCAAUUUGAGAAAUGUGCGAAAGUGAAAUGACGACCCGGUUGCAGCGAUCCAGGAGCUGAAUUCGACUCGGAGGUGUGUCCCCCGGUUUGAAACAUUGCGCCGCGCAUAAAAGUGAAAGAAGAUCCCAGGGCGAAGAAAAACAAAAUCAUAAAAAUUCAAUAAAUGCAAUCGUUUUAAUGAUCAACGGUGUAGGUAUCAUCGGUGGCGGAGUUAUUUUGUAACGAGCGCACGUGCCCGAGGCAGCAGCGCCGUGUGUCGAAAAUAGCUUUGCAGAUUUUUUGAGGAAAGUGAAAAGUUUAGUGCAAACGGUGUUUUUUUUUUGGAAAAACAAGCGAAUCGAGCUCCGAAGGGAAAUUGAUGAAAGUGAAAUUAUUUAGUGGCCCGUUGAAAACCUAAUCGAAUUUAGUGUAUCGCAGUGGGAAGUGAUUCGGAGGAUUAUGGAUAGCCGUCGACAACGGUUGGCGGAAUUUGGUGGCCACCAUCGGAACGGCGCAAGGCUGCAGUAAUGAGUAACGGAACGACGACGACGACGACGACGGUGGCGGCCGGAAAUGGUGGUGGUGCAGCGGCUACGGAUGCGGAAAGUCUGCCCACCUGGCGAUUGUGGGGCGAAGAGCGCGAGCAGGACGCCAUCUAUACCGUCUACCUGAAGAAGGUCCGCUACCAUAGGCCGACGCCGAGUGCCAGCAGUCAAGACUCGGACGAUGAAAUCUCCCACUUGGAGUGGGAAACGGUCCGGGUGCGGUUCGUGAAGGCGGCUACCCUCUCGCGGCUCGUCGACGCACUGACGACGGACGAUGGCGAGCUGGAGAGUACCUUCGUGAAUGUGUUCCUGACCACCUACCGGACGUUUUCGCAGCCGGAGAAGGUGCUGGAGUUGCUGCUGAAUCGGUACGAGAAGCUCCACUCGGCGGACGUUGCCCUGCUGCCAUCGGAAUCGCUGACCGAUCAGCACAAGAAAACUCUAGUCUCCGUUCUUCACGUGUGGUUGGAUGGAUUCCCCGAGGACUGGGAUACGGAGAACCUGCAACGGCUACUGGCGUUCACCUCCAAGCGGCUGCCAAACUCGGAAAUACACAUUAAAGCUUUACAUAGGUAUACAAAUAGGUUAGAUAAGUACAGUCGAAUACCACCACCGUUGCCAUGGUCCGAUCUGACCGACCAGUUCGGGGGCCUUUGCUUAACGCCUGCUUUCCGGGGGCCUCCGUCACACCUGCUCAACUCGUACCGCUUCCCGAACAUCCCGGUCAAGCACUUUGCCGAGCAGCUCACCCGGAUGGAUAUGGAACUGUUCAAGCGGCUCAUUCCGCACCAGUGUCUCGGGGCCAUCUGGUCCAACAGGGACAAGCACGAGGCCAGCACGGUGCUGGCGACUGUUACCCAGUUCAAUGCCGUCUCGUUUCGGGUUAUUUCCAGCAUACUGAUCGAACCGCGGCUGAAACCGCAGGAACGGGCCCUCCUCAUAUCAACCUGGAUCGACAUCGCCCAGGAAUUGCGGUUACUGAAGAACUUCUCCUCGCUAAAGGCGAUCAUCUCCGGGCUGCAAUCGAAUGCCGUCUAUCGGCUAUCGAAAACGUGGGCGGCGUUGCCGCGGGAAAAGCUGGAACUCUACACCGAGCUAGCGCGGAUAUUCUCCGAAGAUAACAACGCUUGGGCUCAGCGGGAGGUGCUGAUGCGAGAGGGUACGGCCAAAUUUGCCGACACGGUUGGAGAAAACGAUCGGCACCUACAGAAAGUCUUUCAGAAGCAAAACACCUUGAUCAGUCACGGAACCAUCCCGUACCUGGGGACGUUCCUGACGGAUCUAACCAUGAUUCAUGCUGCCAUUCCGGACACCCUGGUGGAUGGGUUGAUCAACUUCGACAAGCGCAGGAAGGAGUUUGAGGUGCUGGCGCAGAUAAAGUUGCUUCAGGGUGCUGCCAAUACGUAUCAUCUACCAGAGGAUGCGCUGUUUGAUCGGUGGUUCGCUUCGCUGCUGGUGCUGGACGAGCGGGAAUCACACACGUUGAGCUGCCAGCUGGAAGCCCCGCCGGAAUCGAACAAACGGCCUAGUCAUCAAGGGCACAAGAAAAGCGAUUCGAUUGCGUCGAACAGCAGUAGCGGGGCUGGUUCCCAGUUCUACUGCGACAUCAACAAUGUAUCCAAUGCGAGCUACAGUUCUCGAAAUAACUCCCUGGACCGGGAUGUGACUCCACCGAACGCGUCAAUUCUGUCAGCGGCUAGCAGUGUCUCGUCUCUCUCGAUGGAAUCCACCACCUCCAGUAGUCAGAAGUCGAACCACCUCAACGGAAGUGCCCUGAUCCGGACACCGCAGUCCAACAGGGUGAACCAUACCAAUUCCAAUUCGGCUAGCAAAAACGGGCACGACACUCCCAUCAUCAACGGACAGCUGAAGGAGGACUCGCCGCUGAAGAAGGGAUCACCCGAUUUCUACAUCAUCAAGGUUACCUACGAGACGGAACAGGUCGAACUGGACGGGAUUGUGCUGUACAAAAGUAUUAUGCUCGGCAAUAACGAGCGAACGCCGCAGGUCAUCCGGAAUGCGAUGCUGAAGCUCGGCCUCGAGGGCGAUCCGGACAAGUAUACGCUGUCGCAGGUUCUGCCGGACAAGGAACUGCUCCUACCGAACAAUGCCAACGUGUACUACGCCGUCAACACGGCGUACAAUUUGAACUUUAUUCUUAGGCCAAAAAAAGAUCCGGACAGUGGGCGGUAAGAUUGGCUGAAUUGUCGAGUACCAAAUGUUGUUGUAAAUAUAUUUAUUCUUAAUUGAGGGAGCCUAUUUCCCACCCGUAACGCUGCUACUCUGAAACUCCCAAACCGGACGAAUCUCUUAUCAGCAAUGUGGCUGAUAUUAACGGGAUAAUAUUUAAGGAAAAGUUGUACAGCAAUUGUGGCAAACUGUGUACCAAGUAGAUUAUACAAUGAACGUUUUUAGCCGCGACAUCGGAUGAGAUAAGUUUUAUAGAAAUGCACCCCAUUACGAUUAACAAACAGCAGCAAUUAACCAUGUGGGCUGUUGAGCACACUAAACCAGAAAACAAAAUUACUUAUGAAGGAAAUUGAGUAACGGAAGAGCUUUUCGGUGAAGAAGUCGAGAAUUUUUUUUUUCUCUAUCGAAAGGAAUUGUUGGCAACUGAAGUGAUUUAGCUAUUAUCAAAUUGUGUACUGUACAGAACGGAACCAAGCAGUAUCCAUCACUAGAGACUAGAUUUACGUAUACUAAAAGGAAACAAAUAUUGGAAAUAUAAUUCCACACGGUAAAUUGA